AUGGGUUGUGGUGGAAAAGAGGAGGAGCUUGUUGAAGCUGCCAUUGGAGCUUGCAAGAGCUUGUAUGGAAGGUCCUUGCAUGAUAUCGAUGCUAAAGGGAUUUUGGCAACUGAUAGUCUCAUUAGGUUAGGGAAGAUGGCUUUGGAAUCUAAGGAUGCUGUUGUUUAUCAUAUUGAGAUUUCCGUCUCCAAUGAACAUUUAAUUUGUAAACUUUUUUUGUUUGAGAUUAUUGUGGUUGCUGACUCUUCUGCUUCUAAUCUGCAGCCAUUUUGCCAUGAUGAUGAGAGGUCUGCCUUGAUGAAGUUCAAGAAUAGCUUUGUCAUCGACAAACAUGCUUCUUUUUAUGAAGGAGCUUAUCCCAAGGUUUUAUCUUGGAAAUUUGAAGGAGAAAACACCAGCUGUUGCUCAUGGGAUGGAAUCCAGUGUGACGAGGAUACUGGUCACGUGAUUGGUCUUGACCUCAGCAGUAGUUUCCUUUAUGGCUCUAUCGACUCCAACAGCACCCUUUUCAGCCUCAUUCAUCUUCAGGCACUCAACCUUGCUGAUAAUCACUUCAAUUACUCUCACAUUCCUCCUGCCAUCAAGCAACUUUCUGGUCUAACUUACCUCAACCUCACUAAUUCUAUGUUUUCUGGCCAAGUCCCAUUUGAAAUUUCAAAUCUGUCCAAGUUGUCCACCCUUGACCUGUCUUAUAAUUCAGAUCCAGUUACUGGAAUAAAGUUUUUGAAGCUUAAAAAUCCAGACCUAAGAACCCUAGUGAGAAACUUAACUAGUUUGGAAAUUCUUCGUCUUAGUUACGCAGACAUAUCAUCCACAAUACCUGAUUUCCUUGCAAACUUCUUUUCCUUGACAUCCUUGCGUCUUGUAAACUGUGAAUUGUACGGAGAGUUUCCUACGAAAAUUUUUCAACUUCCAAAUCUGCAAAUUCUUAACGUGGGAUGGAACGAAAACCUUACUGGUUAUUUUCCUGCAAUCCACCAAAAAACUCCUCUUACAAAAUUGAUACUUGCAUAUACUCGAUUUUAUGGAAGCCUCCCUUCUUCAAUCGAAAAGCUUGACUCAUUAGAGGUGUUAAAUGUUAAAGAAUGCAAUUUUUCAGGUAUUAUUCCAUCUUCACUUGGUAAACUUGGUCGCCUUACUGAUCUACACCUGGGGAUGAACAACUUCAGCGGUUACAUUCCUUCUUCUCUUCACAAUCUUACCCAACUUACUUUAUUAUAUGUUAGUUUCAAUCAAAUAACUGGUCCAAUCCCACCUUCACUAGGAAACCUUACCAAACUAACAGAACUAGAACUUUCACGUAACCAAUUGCAUGGGCCAUUUCCAGAAUCAUUAUCUAAGCUCAAAAAUCUUGAAAAUAUCAAUUUAGCUGCUAACAAUUUGGUGGGCAUUGUGAGAUUCAACAUGUUUUUUAACAUGAAAAAUCUCACUGAACUCCAACUUAGUUCUAACAAUUUUUCAGUGGUCUUUGAAAAAACAAACAUAAAUGAAACAAGUCCAAAAUUCAGGCUUCUAGGAUUGUCUUCAUGCAAUUUAUAUGAAUUCCCAGCUUUCCUUAGGCAUCAAAAUGAGUUGGAGUUUUUGGAACUUAGUGGAAACAAAAUCUAUGGUCAAAUACCAAAGUGGAUGUGGAAGACAAGUGUAGACACUUUGAUAUCUUUGAGCAUUAGCGACAACUUCAUAACGGGUUUUCACCAACGGCCUGCAGUUCUUCCCUGGGUUAACUUGGACACAUUACGACUUUCCUCUAAUAUGUUGCAAGGACCGCUUCCAAUUCCUCCACCAUCCAUCAAAGAAUAUAACAUCUCAGGAAACAUGAUGACUGGAAAGAUUCCACAUGUAUUCUGCAAUAUGAGUUCUCUUUACAUCCUUGAUUUGUCCGAUAACAAAUUGGAUGGCAUGAUUCCACAGUGUUUCAGAAACUUGAGCAGUUCUUUGUUUGUGUUGAGUUUAAGAAACAACUCUUUUCAUGGAAUCAUUCCUCAAACAUGUAGUGGCAGUGCAAGUAACUUGAUGUUGAUUGAUCUUAGUUAUAAUCAGUUGCAAGGUCAAAUUCCACGAUCAUUAUCCAACUGUAUGAUGCUAGAAGGAAUUGUUGUCUCCAACAAUCGAUUGAAUGAUGUUUUUCCAUCUUGGUUGGGGUCCCUGCCGAAGUUGAAACUUCUCACAUUGCGUAAGAAUGAGUUCUACGGUGCAAUUGGGAAACCUGAAAAGGAUUUGGAGUUCCCUAAGCUGCAGGUGAUUGAUUUGUCUUGCAAUAAUUUCUCAGGCGAAUUGCCAUCUCAAUACAUCUUCAGUUGGAAUUCCAUGAAGGUUAUCAACUCCAGUGAUCUUGCAUAUAUGAUUGCGGAGUUUACAAUUCCUACUUCAGAGGGGUUUACGUUUAAAGUCGAUCAUCGCUAUUCAAUCACAAUAUCAUCUAAAGGGGUAGAGAUGUACUAUGGACCCAUCCAAGAUAUCUAUGCUUUUGUUGAUUUGUCAAGCAACAGAUUUGAAGGGAAGAUUCCUGAACUGUUUGGGAACCUAAAGGCCCUCCGCUCGUUAAACCUUUCCAACAACAUGCUUUCUGGUCACAUCCCAUCGUCUUUGGGAGACUUAACAAUGCUUGAAUCAUUGGACCUUUCUCAAAACAACCUCUCUGGAGAUAUCCCUCAACAACUGAAGCAGCUUGGAUUCCUCGCACGCUUCAACGUUUCUCACAACAAUUUGACAGGGCCUAUACCGAAAGGGAAACAAUUCUAUUCAUUUGACAAUAGUUCAUUCGAGGGAAAUCCAGGAUUGUGCGGUGAUCCAUUGUCAAGGAAAUGUGGAGAUUUGCAGUUCUCGCCAACACCAACUUCGACUUUUGGACAAGUUCAUGAUUCAGAGUUUCUUUUCAUAUUAGAUUGGAAGUUUGCUGUGGCAGGUUUUAUGAGUGGACUAGUUGUUGGAGUGGUUCUUGGGAACACCAUGAUCACAAGGCGGCAAGGAUGGUUGGAAAAGAUGCUAUCAAGAAUAAGCAGAUGGAGGUAG